AUGCAUUCCCCCUCCCCCCAGCUGCACCGCCAGCAAAGACAUCGUCCGCAACCUUCCAUCGAGAACGCUCGUGACAACCUCGGAAUGUCACCUGAGGCCCGUUAUGAGCAUAAUCUCAAGGUCCUCCGUCGCAGGGACCCCUCCAUCAUCUCUAUCUUCGAUCAGUUCACUCACGUCUGCGUCUACCACCAUAAUGGAGAGGGCUGGGAGAAGAAUGGCUACGAAGGAAGCAUGUUUCUCUAUGAAAGAGACGCCUAUCCGCCCUACGGGUUUUACAUUCUCAAUCGGAUGGGGAAAGAGGAUUAUGUACAGCGUCUCCACCCAGAAGACAAAGCUAGCCCACUUGGCGCAUAUGCCAUGAUACGCACAUUCCCUGAAUUCACUGCGCGUCGGAUUGCCAAAAUAAACAGCCAAUACGACCAAAACAAUCUCCCCGACAAGUUUUCGCCGAUCUAUUUCCCUCCCGACCUCGACGCUGUAGACAAGGGUCCUUCACAAACGGUUUGUUUGUGGAUGUUCCCCACCGAUGCACGAGAGCCAAUGCUUGAUGUUAUGAAGCGACUACAGAGCUACGUGAGUAGGAAUGUGCCCUACCCAGAACAGUACCGCUAUGGACCCGGUCGACCUCCGCCACCGAAUCCCCACCUUCGCACGUCUUCCCCGUCUCCGCCACCUCAACAAGAAUCCAACUCCAUAACUGGCCAACAGCAGUCAGCGCCACCACUGAGCGGGAGUCCAUCUGAAAUCGACAAAUUGUUCUCAAAACUUACCCAACAAUCCUCCACCAAGAAUGCUACUUCCGUUGCCAUGUCGCCUGCCCAGCCACGCACCAAAAGCAUGCCAAUUGUACCUUCGGUCAAUGGUCAUACCAAUGGGGUACCCGGUCCCAGUCACACUCCAGCGACUGGGAUUGCCCUUCUCGACUCUAUCUUCGCCUCUGCAACCCCUUUCAAGUCUCCGUCCGUGACCAAACCACAAGUCCAUUCUCCUACUCCUUCAAUCGCACCCCAAGUGCUCAAUCAGGACGUGAUAACAUCUCUUCUUGGUUUACCGCCAUCCCGAGUCGGGUCCGCCGUCUCUCAUGGUAGCUCGAGAGAAGGCGACAAUGAAUACGAAAUCAAUGGAAAUCUGGGCUCCGAUGGAUUCAGCUCGUCGGAGUCAAGCACUGUUCUCGACCCAGAAGCAGAGUUUGACGAAGAACUGCAGGCAGCAGGCGCGAGCGCUGGAAGACCUCUUCUCAGUGCUUUAGCAACACGUGCAGAAGCUCGUCACGCUACUUCCAGUGGACCAGCACCAAACGGCCGUGUUCAUGGCGACGUUACUCCUCGACCACCUUUACCUAGGCCGCUCGCGAAUGGCCAUACUGCAGUAUCACCGCCGAUGUCUAACAGGGAAGGAUCUCAUUCAACUAUCCGGCCAGCUCCUCCGUCUUCCGAACCCUGGACGCCAGUCGAUGAUCGUUUGGAUAGUGAUAUUGAGGAUGGAGAGAUAGUAGAGCUGGAUUUUGCUGAUACGAGCGCACUAAGUGAUCCAGCUGCGUUCAGAGAGGCUCAACAACGGUCGCGGCGAGAGCAUGGAGUUUCACCGGGUCCCGUGAUUGCCAAUGGUACUGGAACCCGCCGUGGAAAAGGCCGGAAGAAAGGAAAGAGGGAACGCGCUGCGGAACGAGCACUUGAGAAUGCACGAUUGGCUCAAAUUAUCGAUCCAGACAGGCUCGGUGACGGCCCUUCAUCGAGAUCGGUGUCGGCAAGCCCAGACCCAAUGGCCGCGCAUGUCGAAAUGGAGACCCCAACAGCGUCACAAGCACCUCUCCUGCCAAAUUUGAACUCAAGACUCUCCGUACAGUCGUUGUUCACUGGAGCACCAAUCAAAAGCGCAACAGCAUCACCGACGAGUUCUCCUGUUCGCCCCAUCGACCCCGCCAUUGCUCGAGCGUCUAUUAUAUCGACUGUGUCUGUGUCUGCGCCGGCGCAGAGUUUACCCCCACGGAUGGAGCGAAAUGAAUUUGUGAGGGAGGUUUUGACACUGAUUCAUACGGACUCCAAGUUUGUCGACGCUCUAUGGCACGACUAUCUUGCUCGGUCAUAUUAA